GGUCGAGCCGGCGGCUUUUAGAGGGGAGCCCGAGCGCUGGCGGCGAAGGCAGCGGAGGAGGUGGUGCGUCGCCUGCGGCCGGGCCCGCCCCGCUUUUUUGCCUCUCCUCGCGUCUACCUCAGCCGGUGGAGCGGCGCCGGGAAGGGAAGGGAAGGGCAGAGCCGGGCUGGGCUGGAGGCAGAAGGCUGCGCCGCCCCAGGACCCCUUUUUGGCACCGGGGAGAGAGGAAAGUUGCGCGGAGGAGUGCGCGAGGGGCGCGCGUGUCCCGCUUGCCGUCGAGGCGUUUGUGACCUGUGCGGUUGGGGGGCUCGUCGCGGGAAGGGAGAGGCGUCCCCCGUGGAAGAUGCACACGACGCAGAAGGACACCACCUACACCAAGAUCUUCGUCGGGGGGCUGCCCUACCACACCACCGACUCCAGCCUGCGCAAGUACUUCGAGGUGUUCGGGGAGAUCGAGGAGGCCGUCGUCAUCACCGACCGGCAGACGGGCAAAUCCAGGGGAUACGGAUUUGUGACCAUGGCUGACCGAGCUGCUGCGGAAAGGGCCUGCAAGGAUCCUAAUCCGAUCAUUGAUGGCAGAAAAGCGAAUGUGAAUCUAGCAUACCUAGGAGCAAAACCAAGAAUAAUGCAGCCAGGUUUUGCCUUUGGUGUUCAGCAACUUCAUCCAGCAUUAAUACAAAGGCCUUUUGGGAUACCUGCCCACUAUGUCUAUCCCCAAGCUUUUGUGCAGCCAGGAGUAGUAAUUCCACAUGUCCAACCCACCGCAGCUGCUGCCUCCACUACACCUUACCUUGACUACACCGGAGCUGCCUAUGCUCAGUAUUCCGCCGCCGCUGCUGCAGCAGCAGCAGCCUAUGACCAGUAUCCUUAUGCAGCAUCCCCAGCUGCUGCCGGCUAUGUCACUGCUGGGGGCUAUGGCUAUGCGGUCCAGCAACCAAUCACUGCCGCAGCACCUGGGACAGCUGCCGCUGCCGCCGCCGCCUUUGGCCAAUACCAGCCUCAGCAGUUGCAAACUGAUCGUAUGCAAUAACAGAUGGACUUGUGAAGGAAGUUCUUUCUCUUUUUUUAAAGUUCUUCUCGUAUUUACCUUCCAGCCUUCCAAUAGAAAUAGUUUUGAAAGAAGCAGUUUAAAUCUUAACUAAUCCAGCUUUAAGGAAAAUUACAAUGCAAUAGAAUAUUACGAAAAAAAAGAACAAAUUCCACUGUCUCUGUACAGUAGGGUAGGAUCCGUACGGUGGGUAGGAUUGUAAGGCGGGUAUUAUAAUAGUUUCAGCACAGGGGCGUCAUCGUAUCAUGAAAGGAUGGCAGAAGUUAACUAUAGAAGCUUUCCUCUUAAAAAGAGAAAGGAAAAAAAACCAGUAAAAUAUGUGUUUUGAUAAUACAGGGGGGGAAUAUCCAGGUGAGCAAUAUGUAGCCUGUUAUCAAGUUGAAGAUGACUGUUAUUUAAACGUCGAAAGCACUGAUUGUCAUCGCAACUUUUUUCACUGUGGCCUACGGGACUUUGAAUAAGUUUUACAAACUCUUUUCUUUCUCCCCCUUACAAUCUCAUAAUGGGCAUCGAACAAACUAAGGAGCAUGGCCUUUUGGGAAUAAAGGGUGGUGGACAGGCACCAAAGUUGUUUUCUCAUCUGUCCUCCGUAUGAAUGGGACUAUGGAGCAACUGGUGUGGAAUUAAUGGGUGCAACAGCUGUACAGACAAUCAGUAACGCAGACUGUUCUGGAAAAGAACACAUCACUCGUGCUCGUUUGAUGAGCUUGUCACAUUCUAAUCCCCUCUCCCCCAUCCUGUUUCACUUUUAGGAAACUUUGACUGCUAGUGUCAGCUAUUCUGAUUCUGAAAUAGGAUCAGUUCUUUACUACAACAGCCGCCUCUUUUUUAUUUAUUGUAUCCAUUCAUGGCUUGAGAAUAAAAGCAGGAAGAAAUUUGCUGAUUUAAAACCUUUUAAGAACUGUGUUAAGGGAUUUGGGGAGGGGGGGAUGAUUUAUAUGCAAUGUAAUGCCUAUUUAAAGUAUUUAUUAGCGAAACGUUAAGUUUUUUUUUCAUGAGACAGCUUGUUGAGAUUGCAGUUCUUCGAGGAUUACCGCUAUCGUGCCUUAAUUGUGAUGCUAUUUAAAGUAUAUAUAUAUAUAUAUAUUUAUUUUGGAAGUUAUACAAUGCUGCACUCUCGGGAAAACAACUUUAGACGUGAAACUGUAAAAUUAUGUAUUCAUCUCAACGGCGUAAAUUAUUUAGUAGGUUUAGCUGUAGUAUAUAAAAUAUUAACCUAAUUGACUAAAGAUGCUGACGUUAAGUUUUAUUUCGAUUCAAGCGAGUACGCCUUUUUGCAAGGGUACUUUUAACACUUCUUUUUUUUAAAAGGUUUUGAUCUUUAAAAUGCUGGUUUCGUGCUUCUCCCUCCCUCCCUCUCUCACCUUGACCCUAAACCCAUGUACUUGGAAGAAAGCGCUAUUCAUUUCAGUGCAAUUGAUUUCCACGUAAGCGGGUACUAGUUAAGGAGUGGGGCGUCAGUCUAAUAACACUCCACACACUUGCUCAGGAGAAAGGCCUUG